GCAGGUGGCAGGUAGGGGCUGAACGGUGGUCGCGAGCGGACCUGGCGGGUACUCGUCCGAUUGGAGACUCACAAUCAGUAGGAUGAAUAACUCAAUCGUGUACGUAAGGCUCCUUAUCGGAGCCCUUCUGGUCUCGUCCGCACUAUGCGUCCCAGUAACAGAACAAAAACAGAAGGUGACGAAAAGGGACAUCGGCAGCAUGGGCCGUGGUGGUGAAAAUAUGGCAGUGGACGACUAUCGAGGGGAAAUUCUGCCGGGAAUGGUGGACGACCAGGUGGCAGAGGCAUUCCUGAAAAACGCGGCGCGCGAGGACGCCAGACAGGAGCGGAGGAAGGAGCAGGAGGACGAGGAGGAGGAGGACGAGGGACCGAUCGAGGUGCCGCUGGCGUUGCCGAUGGCUCACGUCGUCAACGAUGACGACGCCAUGGAGUACGCAGAGGAGAAGGUAGCGCCGCACAGGAGCAAGGCGCUGGCGGAGGACAUCUACCCAUCCGAGGAUG